AGAAUUGAGUUUUUGACCGAGCUCGUCCUACUCAUCUGAUCAACGGGUUUUUAGUGUUUUGGAUUGUUUUGGCCGCAUACGUCAUCCGUGAUACGUGCGGGGCGAUCGGAUCCUGGCCGACGGCGGAGAGAAACCUCGCAGUUCGUACUCGGCUUUAGCAAGUCUUCAAAAUUGCCGUUAAACCGUGCCGUCAAAUCUUAUAUUUAUGUCAGACCAUAGAGGAAGAUACAGCGUUUUGCCCAGCGAUAACGACGAUCCCAGGAGCUAAAGAGUGUCAAAUUCAUAAAUGUCUAUACAAAUCAAAUUCCUGAGCCUAGUGGAUGUUCUACUUCGGGUGCCGCCUUUGUUUAUCAUCGAUGAACUUUUCCGCAUGAGACUGGGUCUCCCCCAGGGACAGUUCAUCGAUAACGCUUUGGGAAAGAACGAAAGCUAUCUCAACCAGGAAUACGACCAGUACGAAGCGGCCAGCAGGAUUUUCCAUUACGAUGCACAAUUUUACAAACUCCUGUUGACCUACGCUUUCAAAUUCAUUAUAUCAUGCUUCGGUUGUGUGGCUGCCCUUUGUACUUUCGUAUUAUGGACAAAACACCUCCUUAUAGUGUACAUGUACUUAAUAUCAGGAAGCGUCAUUUUCAUAUCGUACUGGUGCAACCUGAGGAUGAUGAAGUCGGUGAUAGUCGCCGCAGAUAGCACGAGGCCGAGCGUAAUAGAGGAUAUUCUCGAGUUGAACCUCAACCACCUAAUGUCCGAAGAGAGCCCUGGGACUAUGCUUUUAGAAAAUUUCGCAGCACAGUGCAGCCUAGCUUCUAUUUUUUGUUUUGUACAUUUAGGACCCAGAUAUCCAUUACUGCAAAAGCUUUGGGUUGUUACUUUUUUAGCACCUACAUUUCUUGCCACACUUCCUCUUCCCUCAUUCAUCCUGACACUAGUCCCAGUCUUUGCAGCAGUUUUGCCUUUGGCGAUGGUCAACUUUAUUUUGUGGACUAGCAUUUUUAGUGUCAUCGAAACUGUGAGCCGAGGCUACGUUCAUGCUCGAGCAUUUAUUAGCGACUUUGGCCUUUCUGCUUUAAUGGAAGUAGAAUGGAUGCGAUUGAACGUUCCAUGCGUUUUACGGACAUUUUGGAUUCUUAGACUUAUCGAACAGGCCAUUGCUUUGCAAAUUCCAGCUGGCUUUACGAUAUUGGAUUUUAUCAGCAUGGCCAAGUCGCUUCUUACCACGGGAUGCGAAACACUUACAUCAGUUCUAGGAAUGACUUCAGUUGUUUCAUACCUUUCCCAUUACAUAGGAAGAUUUGUUCAAUGGAUACUCUUAACCGAUGAUGAAGACGACAAGAGUAUUGGUACAGUGUCUGCGAUACUAUUUUACAUAUUAGCCCUACAGACUGGCCUGACUAGUCUUGAACCGGAGAAGAGGUUUAUUAGAUUAUGUAGAAACUUCUGCCUUUUGUUUACAGCAAUACUUCACUUUAUACACAAUAUUGUCAACCCGUUACUUAUGUCUUUAAGUGCAUCGCAUAACCCUGCAUUACAUAAGCAUGUGCGAGCUCUUAUGGUUUGCCUGUUUUUAAUGUUGUACCCAGUGGGUUUAGUGUCGUACUUGUGGUACCACCAACCAGUGAGCUCGUGGCUACUAGCCGUUUCUGCAUUUAGCAUCGAAGUAGUUUUUAAGGUAAUCGUGUCCCUCCUAAUUUAUAUGUUGUUCCUUAUCGACGCCCACAGGGCCACUUUCUGGGAGAAGCUCGAUGAUUACGUGUACUACAUACGUGCUUUUGGAAACACGCUUGAAUUCUUUUUUGGCGUGUUUUUAUUUUUCAACGGUGCUUGGAUUUUAAUGUUUGAAUCGGGAGGUGCUAUUCGUGCUGGCAUGAUGGGCAUCCAUGCUUAUUUCAACAUAUGGUGUGAAGCUAAGGCGGGUUGGUCUGUAUUUAUGAAGAGAAGGACUGCUGUAAAUAAAAUCGAUUCAUUGCCGGAAGCCAAUGAAUCCCAACUGGCAAGUUUGGACGAUGUAUGCGCCAUAUGCUAUCAGGAGAUGAGGACUGCCAAAAUUACAAAAUGCAAACACUUUUUCCACGGCGUCUGCUUAAGGAAAUGGUUGUAUGUGCAGGACAGGUGUCCAUUGUGCCAUGAGAUUCUCUAUAAAGUAGAGGCAGACAAAGAAGGCGAUGAAGCGGAAGUGUUGAGGGAUGACGGCCUGGCAGAAAAUGCGCCAGUAAGAUUAAUCGAUGGAAGGUGAACCGGCUUUGUGUUUUGUGAGCUGAAAAAUAAUGUUAUUAAAUAGUGAUGCCUACUGAAAGAAGCCUCAAGAUGUGAUGUUCCCACUGUUAUUAAAUAUUAACGAUAAUAAAUAAACAAUCCAGGAAAGGCAUUAAACAUAAAAUAAUAGACUUCUACCUUAGAAUAAGCUGUUGAAGAAAUCUUGUUCUUGUCGAAAAGCAUAUAGUUCACCAUCUAAAUUAUUAUCUGAUUUAAUUAAUACAAUACUUUCAAAUUAGAGGUAACUUUUAUCAUGUUUAACUAUACUCAUGUUUUAUUGGGAAGCUUUAAAAAAUGUUUCCAGUCUUUUUCUCAAUAAGUGAAAAUAAAAGUAAUAAUUUCCCAGUAACAGAUUAUUCAAACAGUAAAUUGAUUCACUGGAUGCAGUGAAUUUAGCAGGUUUGCAGCAAAUUUAUUCGUUUCCUGUAAAUGUGUUUUGACUUAUAUCUAAAUCGUAUGUAAUAAUAAAAUUACUUAUUUGAAAAAAUACAUAGAGGGAAGCGAGGUAAAUAUUUUUAAAAAUUGACUUAAAUUCUGUAUAAAUGGAAAUGUCUAAAUUCAAACCUUAUUUGAUCUUAACAUCUUUAUAUGCUUUAUUAUGCCGUGUACGUUGCUAAAGUGAAUGAUAUAGAAUAGCAGAUAAUGCAAAGACAAAAUUGACAAAAAGAAAAGGCUUAACCUAUAUAAAUUAAAUAAAUAUACCAGUACAUCUCCUUUUUGAUUGCUGUGGGAGAGAUUGUUAUCAUUGUUGUUAUUUAGUAUAUUAAUUUAAAAAAUAAUUCUUUUUUUAAAUUUUUUUUUUUGGGGGGGGGACAAUAGUGGAGGUUUUGUGUAAAAAAAUUAUUUCAAAAAAUGGUAUUUGGGUUGGCUCAUAUUUUUCAUUUUUUAUUAAUCAGUAAAAGCUUUGCAUGUGCCUAAAAUAAUUUGCAUUAAAAAGUUUUUUUGUGAUUCUGGAAGGAAGGUAAAUUAAAAUCAAGCAAGUCAGCUAGUUUAAGUUUUAUACAAUACUUUAAGAGAAAUAAUUUACAUUGUAGUAUUUUGACUUAAUUAAAUGUAGAAUGAAAACAAAAUUACCAUUCUGGUUAAAUUUUAUUUCUGUCUCUAAAGAAACAACUUUAUGUAAAUUAUAAUAUGUAAUAUGAAAACUAUUGUGAUAAACCAAACCCAAAAUACGCUAUGUAUAUACCCUCAAUUGAAAGUGAAUAUUUUAUUAUAAAUUGACGUUUUUUUA